AUUUGAAUAAAUUUGACCCGGGGUUAGAGCGUAGUGACGUCACUAGAGUCGGUGUGCAUAUGACGUCAUCAAAAUGCUGAAACGUAACCCGUCAUCCGCGUCGGAGACGAGCACAGAAACUUUAACACCGGAUUCUUUUACCCUCGACAUUUUGCCAGGAAAGGCUCGAGACAGCGGUGACGUCACGAAUACAGGAAAUGACGUCACGGAUUCAGAAUCCAUAUCGUCCAGCUAUGACGUCACGGAUUCGGCUGAUUGCGUAGUUGAAACGUCAUCAGCAAUGAACCUGAGGAGAAUGCAGUCGUUCGACCGUCGAUCUAGUUCCUCUUCGUCCUCUUCCUUGUUAUCAACUUACGACAACCACGAUGACGUCAUUGAUGACGUCACUCAGCAACCAGACGAGAACAACUCCCCUCAAAUGUCGGAUACACCAAAACAGGAUACGACUCAAUACAAACGUGGGAAUGGUCGAGUGAACGCCAAUGCUCUGAAAGAAAUGAGACAGAAUUUGCGACCGAUCAAACCAGGUAUAAAACCACCCCGUAUUCGCAUUACAAGCCCAGCUGCUGAAUGGGCGGCUAAAAGGAAAAACAAAGCUAUUUACAACAUUAAUCGGGAUUUGACCAACAAAAUCAAAGGCGGUUGGAAAAUAAGACAAGCUAUAGCUAAUCUUAAACCGAACCAGAGCGUCAACUCCUUGUUUCUUGAAACUGUUGCGUCAGGGGCUGCGCGAGAAGUGAGGGCGAUUUUCUCACUUGCAAAGAUCGACAAUUCCAUCGGUUUUGAACCUAACUGUGUAAACCAACACGAGAAGUCGGCCCUGCUGCUUGCUAUUGAGAAUAACGAUAUUGACAUGUGCGAAUUAUUGCUGGAACAUAAGGUUGUGCUUCGAGAUUCCUUAUUCCAUGCAAUCGAGUUAAACUUUCUUGCUGGUGUUGAAACUAUCUUAAAACACAACGCUUCGAUUGAUGCACGAAUAGUUGGGGAAAGUUCAUAUUUCUUGGCGGGAAUCACACCCAUGAUACUAGCAGCUUAUAACAACAAUUAUGAGAUCUUAAAACUUUUGAACAAGUUUGGUCACGAACUAAAGGAGUCUGUUGAUUGGUGGGAUGGAAUCCACUUCGCUUGGGAAUCAGCCAAUGAGAGGCAAAUGAUUUGCAAAGCGAAGGCGAGCCCUGCGUAUAUUACUUUGAUGUACGAGCUCGGUCGUAUUAAACCCAUGGAAUAUUGCAUAGACAUGGUCAAACACCUUCGCAAAAACGCGUGCAUUGAACACGAGUUUAGUGACUUUUACAACGAACUUGAAACGCAGGUGGAAACGUUUAUGUGCAACAUACUUGACCAGGUACGGUCCUCAGAAGAGUUAGCUUGCUUGUUCAAAUACGAUUUUGUGCCAAUGUCGAGUGACAAGGAAUCAUUUAAACAAGUAUUUAAUGGCGACGGUUCAUUAGCGAGAAGGAAACUUGAAUGCAGGCUGAUGUUACUGGAUCAAACCAGCGAUAUCCGGCUUGUGAAGUUCGUCACCCACCAUAAUUCACAACUUGCCCUCGCAUACAUGAAGUACAGAUACACCCCAUUCCUCAGAAGUGGACACAUCAUUCUUCGAUCGUUGCUUCAAGUUUUUAUUGGGCUUCUUUUCCCAUUGUGGUCGCUCGUGUACGUAAUAGCUCCAGCAUCCAAGAUUGGAAGUUUCAUCACUUUACCCGCUGUAUCAUUCGAAUGUCACAUAAUGUCUGACGUCAUGUUUAUCUUUAUUUUGAUCGGAAACAUCAUCAGCAAAUCAGUUUCGACUCAUUACUUGGGUGCUCCGCCUACAGCAUUGGAAUGGCUGACCCUGUUAUGGAUUAUAGGGAAAUGGGUUCAAGAGGCACAGGAGUGCUUUAAUAGAGGAUGGAACAGCUAUUUUGGAGAUUGGUGGAAUUACAAUGACUUGUGGCAUUUAUUGCUCUUCAGUGUUGCCAUUGUAUUUCGAUGCGUUGAUUACACCAUGUACCACGGUGACGAAAUUCAUGCGAAUUCUACUCACGUUCUGCGCACCGAAUGGAGUGCUUACGAACCAAGAAUAAUAUCAGAAGGGUUGCUGUCUUGGGCUUAUGUCUUUAUAUUUCUACGUUUACUAAGUUUAACAAGAUCGAACAGAAACUUAGGCCCCCUACAAGUAUCGCUGGCGCGCAUGAUCGUCGACGUCGUUCAAUUUCUAUGCAUUUUCGGACUUGUGAUGUUUGCCUUUGCUUUAGGCCUCAGUGAACUGUAUUGGUUCUAUGGGACAAAUGAAAGCAAAGUUAUGCUGUGUGGAAACGGGACUUCUGCCUCGGAGUGCGUGCAACAUUCGUCACCGUUUUCAAGCAUAGGCUGCUCCCUGCAGGAUUUAUUCUGGGCGCUUUUCGGGCACAUCGAUAUCGCAGUGCUGUCUUUAUCAGGGAAGCACCAGUUCACUGAAAUUGUCGGGCGUUCAUUGGUCGCUACAUAUCACGUUGUUGCUAUAAUCGUAAUGUUAAACAUGUUGAUUGCGAUGAUGUCAAAAUCAUAUGAGAGAACAAGCGAAAAUGAGGAGAUCGAAUGGAAAUUCCACCGAACAGCAAUGUGGAUUCGUUUCAUUCGGAGAGAAGUGAUUCGUCCCCCGCCCAUGAAUGUGUUUCCGAACCCGCACAGAUGUUCGGAAAACUUCGAGAGAAUUCGAAACGCCUGUUUCGGAGGAGCCCCGCCGAAACUCGAUAAUGAAGAAGAGGAAGAAAUAUUGAUGGAGGAACAGCAUGAACUUGUUCAACAGAAACUGAUACGUCGAUAUAAGUUCAAAUGCUUAAUCAACCAGUAUUAAUUCUAUAUUGGUGAGGUCCUUGAGGACGCGCAAGGUUUGGGCCAGAAUUGGCGCAUUACCCGAACACCCUUGUGCGUCCGAAAUUAAUUCUUGAUAAAUUGAAAUGCUUAAUCAACCAAUACUGAAUCUGUACCAUAUAUAGGUAAGGUGCUAAUAAGGAUACACCAAGGUGACCUGAGAUGUAGGGCACAGUUGACCCAACACCCUUGUGCGUCAUAAGUGACGCGUUCACGAAAGUGAAAACCUCUAUUCUUGUUUUGAAACCAAUACUGAUAAACAAGCGAUAACAACCUAUAGCACACCAAUGCGUUUGUAAAAAUCAAAUUUCAUUAGUCGGGCUACAUAUAGAUGGAAGCCGUUGGCACAUAUUUCCUACUCUUAUUUUAACAAUGGCCUUUUACAGUCGCGACAAUACGGUUAUGUGAUUCCUUGGUCAUCCAUGGGGCAACAAAAUGAACACAUGGACCAUCUUACCCCAACCUGCUAUAAAAAAAAUAAUUGAUUUUUAAAAGACUGCCCGUCGCCACUGUUUUAAUAUACAAACUUGUACUACUAAAAAUUAGAAAACAUAUGUAACGUGCACUAAUUCACUUACUUAUUUCUAUUCUUCAAUUAUAAUAUCAUCAGGU